GGACCAAGACCAAGCUAAGCUCCGUGAUUAGCUUUGUUUCUUCCCAAAACACAAACACACUCUCAUCACACACACUUCUUCUCUCUCUCUCUCUCUCUCUCUCUAGGGUUUCCUUCAACUGCUUCUCGAUUUCGCAUCGAUUCUCCAUGGAGGUUCCUGUGAUGGAAGAGAAUGAAACUACCAAGAGUGAGGCUCAUUUGACUUCUGCUGCUGCGUUUGUGGAGGGUGGAAUUCAGGAUGCUUGUGAUGAUGCUUGCAGCAUAUGCCUUGAGGAUUUCUGUGACAGUGAGCCUUCUACGGUGACAGGUUGCAAGCACGAGUUUCAUCUUCAGUGUAUUCUGGAAUGGUGUCAGAGAAGCUCCCAGUGCCCCAUGUGUUGGCAGCCUAUCAGUCUCAAAGAUCCUACAAGUCAGGAAUUGCUUGAGGCUGUGGAAAGAGAGAGGAACGUUAGGUUCAAUCCAUCUAGAAAUGCUGCAAUAUUUCAUCAUCCAACACUGGGAGAUUUUGAGUUACAACAUUUGCCAGUUGGAGCAAAUGAUGCUGAUCUUGAAGAGCGAAUAAUCCAACACCUAGCUGCUGCUGCAGCAAUGGGGCGAGCACGUCAUAUUGCUAGAAGGGAGGGCCAGAGGAACAGGUCAUCAGCUCAAGGCCGUCCACAAUUUUUGGUAUUUUCAACUCACCCUAAUUCACCUCCCGUAGCCCCUGCUUCUUCCUCUCUAAAUCAGAGGGGGGAUGGUGAACCAGCUCCAGCAGUUGCUGUUGCCACUCUGUCUCAAACUCCUGCAACUGGAGAAGAAUCACCACAACUAACUUUAGUUCCUCCUGUUCAAGCUGACCAGGUUCCUGUUUUAGGAUCUGGGUCUGCUGCUCUUGUUGCUGAUAAUCAGGGAUCAUCUUACAUCAAUAGAAGAUCUCCCAAUCAGUCGUCUCCAAACAGUCAAGACAGAGCAGGGCCAUCAGAAUUGCAGUCAUUUUCAGAAUCUCUGAAAUCUAAAUUAAAUGCUGUGUCAACAAGAUACAAAGAUUCAAUUUCCAAGAGCACCAGAGGGUGGAAGGAGAGAUGGUUCUCUCGUAACACCUCUAUGUCAGAUCUUGGAUCUGAAGUCCGGCGAGAAGUUAAUGCAGGGAUUGCAACUGUUUCACGCAUGAUGGAACGCCUGGAGACCAGGGAUAAUAGAAGUAGUAGCAAUUCUGCUCCAACUAAUUUAGAGGAUGGUUCAGUUCAGGGAUCAAAUGAUCAGCAUUUGACAGAUACUGAAGUGGAUGGUCUUGUGAGAGACAACAACACUAAAGCAUCUUGUGCUGCAGGCUCUAGUUCAAAUUAAGCAUAUAGAAGGAUUUGCAUGAACUGAUAUCUGUUCUGUCAAAAAGGUAAGGUAGAAAUAGAAUUGCCCAUUGGGGUAUAUGAAAUUCCGAUGCAUUUGCGUAUAGGCUGGCACCUGCCAGGCAAGUGAUAAUCCAUUGUUGACCUGAGAAGAUGGCAAACAAUUGUGAUACUGGAAAUAAAGAACUUAGAAAAGGCAGCGGGUGGUUUCUCUCGUCUGAAACUUAGGAACCUAUGUGAUUGUAUAUUCACCUUGUAAACUUAUUUAUAGACAUUCUCUUAGACUCUUACAUAAAGUGCCGUACUCAUACUUGAGAUAAAUCACUAUUUUUAAAUUUACCAUUGAUGCCAAAGUCGUUCGAUGAAAAA